AUGAAUAAAAGACAAGUAGCGGGAGGAAUAGCUACUACAACUACAGCCGAUACUAAUAAUACUACAACAACAACAGCAACAACUCCAACAACUAGCGCAUUAUUAAAUGAAAGUAGACAAUUAUUAUUAAAACAACAAUUAAAAUUAAAGUUAAAUAUAAAUGUUAGUGAAAUGAUGGAUAAUAUAAGACGAAAUGUUGAUGAUCAAACACAACAGCAGCAACAACAAUAUUUAAAAAAUAUUACUAGUAAUCAAGGACACGAAGUUGAACGUCAAGGUGAUCGUGCGCACAAACGCAUUAACGAAGAAGAAGAAGUUGAACAAGAUUAUGGAAAUGUUGUUAGGAAAGGUUUAAAUAAAUUAGAUACCGUCACAACAGUGCCUCAAUUACAACAAAAAUUUAAUAAAUUUAAUAUAAUAGAUGAAGCAGCAAUUACAACUAAUACUACAACAUCAUCUAAAACAUGUGUAGCAGCAGCAAAAACAUCAUCAGCAACAACGUCGUUGUCGUCCUCGUCAUACUCUCUAGUAAAUAAAUCAUCAUUAACACAACAACAACAGCAAAAUACGGCAUUAGCUAAAUUUAAUCGAAUUAUUGACAAUACAGUGCCGGUUAUUAACACUUACAACUAUCAGCAACAUGUUGCUGAAACAUUAGCCAAAAACUCACAACAACAACAACAUCAGCAUCCUCAUUAUCAACAUAAUGAACUGAAUAAACAGCAACAACAAUUUGUAGAGAUGCCCAUUUUAAGUGAUAGUUUAAAACGUAGAUUGGCCAAUAACCAUCAUCAAUACUAUAAUACCGACCUAGUUGUAAAUAAUUCUAAAAUUAAUUUCUCAUCAUCAACAGCAGCAGCACCACCACCAUCAACAUCCGCAGCUGCUACUGCUGUUGCCUCAACAGUAGCCAAAGAAUUAGUAGCUGUGGCCUCAACAUCAAAGGCUGCUGCUACUGCUAAUUUGGCUCGUUUGGCAACAGCAGCAACAUUAUCAUCUUCAUCACAACAAGAUCAAGAAUUUGAGACAACAUUGAUGAAAUUGUCUUUAGAUGAAGAUGAACAUUUAGAACGAAAUGAUGUUCAUUAUUUGUUGAAACAAUUAAAUAGUUUUAGUGAUAUUGAAGAAAUAGAAAUUGUUGAUAUGAAGCAAAAACAGCGUCAGCUACAGCAACAACAACAACAUCAAUUACAGCAACAAUAUAACAAAGAGAAAAAUUAUAUUAUUGCAAACGACCAACAACAAUCGAGCAACACAAAUGAGCAGCAAUACGAAGCUAAACGUGAUUCACAACAUGAGGAAGAAGAAAGUGGGUUAGAUCUAAAUUUUAAAAAAUAUCAGCAAAAAGAACAAUUGGCAGAAGAACAAAAAUCCUCUUUCACCAAAGAACAUGUUGAAGAAUCAGAGCAGCAGAUUGUUGUUGGUAUGCAAACGUAUACUACGGAAAGCAAGCAACAUUAUCAAACAACAUCACCAACAGCAACAUCACUUGUGAUAUACUCACCCUCGUCACAGUCGCACAAAGGUAUACGACGCUAUGCCUCUCAAGAUGAGCACGCUGCCGCUGCCUCCUGCUCCUCAUAUCAACCUCAUCAACAUCCCCAUCAUCAUCCCCAGCCUCCACAUCAUCAGCAUUAUCAUCAUCAUCAACCCCAUUAUGUACAUUUGCCUUAUGAGCAUUAUUCCGAAAGUUCCAUAUUAAAUUCGGUGGCCGCACAGGCUGUUGCCGCCGAUCCUUUGAUCUUACAACAAUUUGUGGAUGAUUAUAUAUUUCAAUCCUGCCAUUAUUUAGAAACAAAUAAUUUUGUUGCAAACUAUCGCACUGCCAUGGUCGAGUCAUCGUCUCAUGAAUUUCGACCAUCGACCACCACCAACACAACACGCACCUCCAACGAGGAGUUCUAUGAGGAAGAAGAGGCCGGCUAUGUAGAAGAUCAUUCAUCAGCUCAUUCGUUUGAAUUACAUGAGACUGAGCCACCCACAGUAAUAUGUAAGGCUCCGGCGCCUUUACCAGCCACCACCACCAUUUCAAAGCGUUCCAUACAACAACAACAGUAUACCAUGGAGACACGUUUAUGUAGCAGCGGUGUACAGACUGAUUUAACGGCUUCAUCUUUAGCUCAAAGUUUUAGCCUUAGUUCAUCGUCAUCCUCAUCGGAGAAAUGCAAACGUAGACAACCGUUAUUUAAAUGUUGCUAUACUCCACUCGAUAGAUGGCGCGAAAAGCGUUCACAACAAUCGCAUAUACAAAAACGCACAAAAUCUGCCACGACUGCAGGUCCAAACGAUCUAACGCAGCCUCAGCAGCAGUUACAGCAGAUUACUACUAAAAACUCUACAGUUGCUUUUGUCGCUAGUGGUGGAAGUGGUGCUAGUGGUCCGUCAUAUGCUGGCUACAGUAGUGCUAUUCUAAAUAGCACCAUUGCCUCUUUAACAUCAGCCACCAAUGCCACAACUACCACUACAGCAACUACACUACUAAAUACCACAUCAACAUUGGUUGUACAACCUCAAUCACAUCAACAACAUCAGCAUCAUCAUCAACAACAUCAUCAUAAUCAAUCUCUAACGAAUAAAAAUAAUAAUAAUAAUAAAAAUAAUAAUGCACCUUAUGCAGUUUGACAAAUGCCUUUAAAGCAACAAUUUUUUUAUGUAAAAAUGUUGCUUGCUUUCUGCCAUUUAUACCUUAAACAAAAUAACACUAUAGUUUUCCUUUUUGUAUAAAAAAAACAACAUAAUUAAAAAAAACAAAAACAAAAAAAAAAAACAUAUGAUAAUGGAAAUUUUUGCCGCCCACUUUAAUACAACAACAAAAACAAACAAAAUGAAACAAAUACACAACAAACAAAACAAAACAAAAAAAAUGAACGCCGCCGCUGUCUUAUUUUUGUAAAUCUCUUUUUCCAAAAACAAAAAAACAAAAAAAUACAAAAACAAAAUCUCUCUUUAUAAUUUUUUUGCGAUGUCAACAAUUUUUUGCUAUUUCCUUGUCUUGUAAAGAACAACAAACAAUGAAAAAAAACAUAAUUACAAUAACAAGUAAAACAAAACAAACUACUUUUUUAUAACCUCUUAAACUAAAGAAAACAUGGAAUCAAUUUUUAAAUCAAACACAAACACACAUAUACACACACACAAACCAACCAACCAAUCUUCUUCUCCUAUAACACUAUUUGCAAUUUCAGGGGAAAUAUUUCUUUUCAGAUUUUUAAAAUAUUAUGAUUUUUUCUUGUAAACAUAAUUUUGUAAAUUUAACAUUUUGUUAUGAGUUUUUGUUUAAAAAAACAUUAAAAUUUUAUGAUGUUUGUUGCUUUGCAACUUGUUUCUAGAUAUCAAAACUUGAGUAAAAAUUAAAAAAUCUUUAGCAACAUGUUGCUAGGUUUUAUAAAUAUAUUGCUGGCAUCACACUUUCUAUAUUUAGAAACUUUUUAUUCAGUUAUUGUUGAAAACGUUAAAAUAUUGGAAAAAAUUUAUAGAAAAAAUAUAUUUUGCUUAGCAACAUGUUGUUGAUUUUCGAAAUAUUGUAACUGUCAAUAUUUAUUGUAAAAUUAAAAACUUAAUCAACAAAAUAUUUUUAAUAUUUUCUUCAGCAACAUGUUGGUAACUCAUAAUUUUAAUAAGGAUUUAUUUGCAACAUGUUGUCAGCAAUGUUGUUACCAUAUUUUCUUUUUAAAUUAGCAAAACAGUUUUAUAUUUUAUUUUUGGCAAAAAUUAAAGAAAAAAUAUUUGCAUUUUUCUUUGGCAACAUGUUGCUGGCUUCACGUAUCACAUUACGUUAAAGAUUUCUUAAAAAUUUUGUAUUCCCCCUAGAUUAUUUUCAAUUUUAAACGCUUGUCGUCAGCAACAUGUUGCUAGGUCUUUAAACAUGUGUCUAGCAACAUACAUAUUUUAUUAAUAUUACGACAUGUCAUUAAAAUAUUGCAUAAAAAAAACAUAAAAUUUUCAAAAAUAUUUUAAACAUUUUCGUUAGCAACAUGUUGCAAGAUUUUUAAAUAUGUUGGUGUCACCACAUUUUGUAUAUUUCAAACUUUUUUGUCUACAAAUUGCACAAAGUUCAAUAUAUUUCUUUAGCAACAUGUUGCUAUCUAUUUUUUAAAAUACUAUAAUUCAAAGUCAGUUGGCCUUUUUCUUUAGCAACAUGUUGCUGGGUUCACAUAUCACAGUAUGUUAAAGAUUUCUUAAACAUUUUGUAUUCAAACUUAAUAAUUUUCAAUUUUAAACACUUUUCAGGUUUUUAAACAUGUGUCAAGCAACAUACAUAUUUUAUUAAUAUAAAAAAUAUAGCAAAAAAAACAUAACAUUUUAAAAAUAUUUUAAACAUUUUCGUAAGCAACAUGUUGCAAGAUUUCUAAAUAUGUUGCUGGUACUACACAUUUUGUAUAUUUAACACUUAUUUGUGUACAAAUUGCACAAAGUUUGGAAAAAAUAUAUUUUUUCAAAAUAUUCCUCAUUUAACAACAACAUGUUGCUAGGUCUUUAAACAUGUAUCUAGCAACAUACAUAUUUUAUUAAUAUAAAGACAUGUCUUUAAAAUAUUGCAAAAAAACAUACAACUUUUUAAAUAUUUUAAACAUUAUCGUUAGCAACAUGUUGCAAGAUUUCUUAAUAUGUUGCUCUGGUACUACAUUUUGUAUAUUUAACACUUAUUUGUGUACAAAUUGCACAAAGUUUGGAAAAAAUAUAUUUUUUAAAAUAUUUCUUUAGCAACAUGUUGCUAAUUAUUUUUAAAAAUCCUAAAUCAAAAUCUAAAACAAACCUAAUCAAAAGUCAUUCCAAUACAAUUUUAUUGGAAUUUUGCAACAAACAACAUGUGAUUGUUCAUUAAAUCUUGUCAACAUAUGAAUAAAAUUCAAUAUGUUGCUGAUACAAUAUUUUUUGUUGCUCAACAUUGCCAAGUUAGAUAAACACUUACGAAUAGUUUGUUUCUUUAACAAAAUAUCGUUUAAUUUUUAAAUUUCUAUAAAUCUAAAUUAUUAGAGUCUUUGGAAAUUAAAACAACAUGUUGCUAGAAAGAUUAAAAGUUGCUAAACAUCUUUAAAAUUACAAUUAGCAAUGAUUUUCUCUAAAUAAACAUUUUCUUUUUCUAAUUUCAUAAUAAUAUUUCGAAAAAAUUUGUGUUUUCUUUAACAAAACAAACUUUUUGAUAGUUUUCAACAUGUUGCUAGAAAAAUUUAUGUAUAUACAUACAUAAAGUUACGAUUACAACAUUUAAUCAUAAAACUAUUUCGAAACUAAAUUCCUAUAAAAACCUUUUACUAAUGUUUAAAUUUUUGAUAAUAUUAAUCAUCAUUUACUUGUUGUUUACAUUUCUGUGAAUUUAUAAGCAUUUGAGUGUUUGGAAAACAUGUUGCCAGAAUCUUUAAGUUGUUGUUAACUAUGAUUUUCUUUAAAUAAACAUUUAAAUUUUGUAAUUUGAUAGAAUUAUUAAAAAAAUGUGUUUUCAUUAACAAAUUAAACUUUUGAUAGUUUUCAACAUGUUGCUAGCAAAGUGUAUAACAUAAGUCUAUUUGCAACUUUUGUACUAAUGCUUGAAUUUUAAAGAAUAUAUAAUAUAUAACUGUUUUGUAGAACUAUCAACAUGUUGCCUAAAGAAGAUUGAGUAUUAAAAGCAAAUGUUGCUAAGAAUUAGUAAAAGAAUUGUAAACUAAUUUGUAAAAAAUUAAAAAAAAACAUUAAGGUUUAGAAAUUUUUUUAUCAUUUUAAUAAAGAAAUUAUAUACAACUUCUGUGAACUUUGUCAACAUGUUGACAACAAGAAUCAACAAGUUUCUCAAAAGUUAUUAAAGAAAAAACACUAACAAUUAAAUAAGGAAAAGAAAUGUUUUAUAAUGUUUAUAUAUAGUUGCUUAGCAACAUUUAUCAAAUGUUUAUAACAAGUAGCCAGCAACAUUUUGUUUCCUUUUUUCCUUUAACAAAAUUGCAACUAGUGUUUAAAUUAACAUUAAAUUAACAGCAAAAUCUAAAGCAACAAACAAACAACAAAAC